AUGGCAGUUUUUGCACCUGCCAAGUUUAUAACCUACUUUAUAACCUAUAAGGCAACUCGUAAGAAAUUAUUGAUGGAUUCUAUUAUUAAAGAAGGCGAGACAGUAUUUCAUCUUUUCAUCCCUAAAAGUAUUAGUCAAGUAGUGGAUAAUGAUCUAGCUAAGGGAACUCGUUCAACUGUUUGGCAUGGAGAAAAUUGUGUGGUCUAUUUACUUGCUCGUUUUCGAGGCUAUCGUCAUGGCGAUGCUCAUCAAAUUUGGCAAAGUAAAAUUUGCCAGUUAUCUGCUAUUUGCAGUGUUACACCCAAGGAGUUAUUCCAGCAAUCGGAUUAUAAAAGCAAUAGUAAGCAAGGUCAAGAGAAUUAUCGACAAUGCAAAUCAGUGAUAUUUACUAGUAGCAGGGAUGUGACAAACUAUUCCGAUAGCAAAUGCAAGCCUUCGAAACCUAUAGUUUGUAAAGAUGGUGAUGUUGCGUUUCCGCUAACUGUUUCCUUGGCUAGUUUACACGUCGAUACAUGUCGAGCUCAAGUCACCGUUUCCUUGUGGUCUCCAGAACUGGAUUACCUCGCUGAUUGCCAGCUGCUAUCGCAAGAUUGGAAGGAUCCAUCAAAUUUUGAUUUCGCUCGCACUUUUAUCGAUGAUUCUCCUAUUCCAGUAAUGCAGCACUUAACAUCAGCUAAAAAAUAUCAAGUUAACAAGAUCAUUUCUAUUAAUCCAUCACCGAACCUUUUAUACCGAUUUACUAAAGCUGGUGCCAAGUACUACUUAUGUCUACAAGUACAAAAUAAAAGUGAAAACGUAAUAGUUCUAGAUCAUAUGCAAGUCUUCUCUGGCCACAUCAACAAUAGUAACCAAAGCGAAAACAUAAUGGAAGCGUUAGCUGGAAUAGAAGCUCACUUAGUACCUGUCACUGAAAAUGAAAACGAAGAAUUUCCAGUUAUUUUGCAACCAAUAGAAUCGCAUACUUUUCUAUAUGAUGUCACAUUAACAGAUUCCAAGAUGGAGCUUGAAUUACCCCAAUUAUCGCUAAUGGCUUCACUGGUAUGGAGUGCUGAACCAAUGAUAACUCAAUUUGAAAAUAUAACCACUACUUUUAGAUUAUUCGAAAUGGCUAUAGAUCGUGCUUUGGUUACAACAUCUUCAGUGUUAGAUAGCACUCAUGUUUCUAUUGGUGAUAGAUUCAGUAUAUUGUAUACAAUCAAUAACGGAAAGGACGAGCUUAAAGAUGUAUCUGUAAAGUGGGAGCCGGAAUCUCUAACUACUGGUGUCAACAAUAUCAUAGCUCCAGCUAGAGUUUUAUUAGGAAAUAGCCAUUCUUAUGAUAUUGUAUGUUUAACAUCAUCGAUAUAUAUAGGUAUUGUACCUAGCUGGUCUUCGGUAACUGUUAGUAUUGAUUGUCUCGCGAUGAAGGCAGGCGUUCACGAGGUUGGUAGAUGUAUCAAGCUACAGCAUGCUGGCUCUUCAAAUAAAGAAAAGGCGAACCAUGUACUCGAUUUAUUGCAUCAACCAUGCCAAAUUUAUGUCCUUUCACCUAAUGCUACUGCAUCAGCCCCGGUCGUAAAAACCGAUACGCCUAAAAUAAACCGCCAGUGGUCGCGGGAGAGUUCAACUAGUAACUAUAGUCUGUACGGUUUCGGAGAAUAUUUAAAAAACAGGAGAAAAAAUGAAAGCCUUACAAAUAUUGCAGGGGAGUACAAAAACAACGAAACAGAAUCGCACACUAGCAAUGAUGAGACGCCAUUAUCUACGGCUCUAACGCCUAUUGAAACCAAUGAUGAAGAUCAAAUUAGUGAGAGUUCGUCCAUUGAAUCUAAAGAUGUAAUUAAUGAAUCUACUGAAAUUAAAAUUAGUGUACCAGAAAGUGUUACAGAUGAAGUAAAUGGUCUUACUGGUGGUGUCUCAAAAUCGGUUGAUGAAAAUGCGACAGAAACUAGUAAUUAA